AAAUGGACAAGUUCAAGAAACUGACCCUAAAGGCCAUUCAAUGAAGACUUGGUCUAGUCUUCGAGAAGUUUCAAGGAAGAUUGAUUAAAAAAAUACGAGAAACGUUGUUUGGUUCGUCUCCCUCUCUACAGUUGACUUCAAUUUCAGCAUUAUUUAAUGCGUCCAUUGGUUCAUCCUCCUCCUUCAACAAAAAGUUGUAUUGAAAUUGGAUUUACAUGAUGACAAAGCAAAGCAAAAGGCCAUGAAAGCAGUUUCCAGCCUUCAAGGAGUUGAGUCCCUUGCUAUGGACAUGAAGGAGAAGAAACUAACAGUAAUCGGCCAUGUUGAUCCAGUUGAAGUGGUCAGCAAACUGCGAAAAUUGUUUCACGCAGAGAUAUUAACAGUUGGGCCGCCAAAAGAACCCGAGAAGAAGAAGGAUGAGCCAAAAAAAGAUGAAGCCAAGAAGGAUGAUGGUAAAAAGAAGGAUCCAAAUGAACAGAUUGCGGAGCUUGUCAAGGCCUACAAAGCUUAUAAUCCUCACAUGACACAAUACUAUUAUGUCCAAAGCGUAGAAGAAAACCCAAAUGCUUGUGUGAUCUCUUGAUCAUGAGAUCUAUGAAAAGAGAAAGCUGAGGAAGUUUUGUAUUCACUGGUCAGAAACUUGAAUCGUGCCCAAGAGCCUAUUUGAGACAGCAGGGAAUAGCAGAGGUUCUGCUAUGAAUAGUUAAUGAUGGUGGAUUGGGUAGGUUGAUUUUCAUUGAUGUUUUUAGAAGAUGUGAUAUAUAGACUACAGUACAGAGCAUAAUAAUAAAUUUUGGAACUCAUGAACAUAUAGUUGUUCAUAAUGAUUGAGAGCUUGAUGUUUUGAAUGAAUAAAGUUUAGAUUUUUGAAACAA